AUGGAUCUACUUGAUCCUGAUAUAACCGAGAGUGGGGUGUAUCUGUUACUGUCAGCAGGCCAACCUUACAGCAACAAGAAGAAAGGUUCAGGGAUCGCUUCUAACUUCGCAGGACAGCCAACCAUGGAGCCCGUGGGCAGGAAGCGCCGCAAGAGGGCUCCCAAGGUUCAGUUGGAGGCUCAAGUUAUGGCCGCCCCGGUGAAGGAGCAUGCAGGAAAGGAUCCAGUCAGUGAUGAACAUGAGGAAAGAAACCCUUUUACAGAAACAAGGGAGGAAGAUGUAACUAAUGAGCGUGGGGAAAGAGAACCUUUUGCUGAAAAAGAUGAACACACGGGGAUUCAUACCAUGAAGCUAGAAUAUAUUGCAGCUGACAUUAAAGAGGACCUUGCUGCAAAAAGAAAAAUGAUAAAAAUAGAUAAAGCCACGUAUAGGAAAACCAAGAACACAAUUGAACGUGCUUUGAGAAAAAAACAACUAAAAAGGCAGAAGCGUGAUUAUAGACAUACUCGGAAGUUGCUGAAUGUCCUUAAAGAAUACAUCGCAGACAAGCAGAAAGAUGAUGAAGAAGCAGAAGAAGCAGAAGCAGAAGCAGCAGCAGCAGCAGCAGCAGAAGUAAUAGUAGUAGGAGAACAAGAGGAGGAGGAGGAGGUGAAAGAAGAAGAAGGAGGAGAAAGAGAAGAAGAAGAAGGAGGAGAAAGAGAAGAAGAAGAAGGAGGAGGAGAAGGAGAAGAAACAGAAGAAGAAAAAGCAUUUCAAGAAAAACAGAAGAGGUGUCAACAACAUACAAGUGUUAGGAGACAGGGGCUGAAAGAGGUGAAGCUGCUACGUGAGCAAUUCAUAAAGGCUACCAAGGACUCUAAAGACAAUUAUUGCAUCAUUUCUUCCGAUGAAGAAAGUGAACUUGAUAACUAG